AUGACGGGGCUUCACCAUAUUGCUGAAGAUAUAAAUGAUGAGAAAAAUGAGGCAUCUGAAACCCCAGAUGAGUCUAGCAGGCCACAAACUUCAGAUGACAGCAAAAAGCAGAUUGAAGUAAUUGGAAAAGUUCCAUACUACAAGCUGUUCUCCUUUGCAGACCCCGUCGACCAUGUAUUAAUGGUCAUUGGUAUGAUAACGGGUGUUGGUAGUGGAGUUUGCUUGCCUCUCAUGACUCUAAUAUUUGGACAGUUGGCUGACUCUUUUGGACAGAACGUGGGAGCUAAAGACGUUGCCGAGGAUGUUUCCAAGGUAUCCCUAAAUUUUGUGUAUCUUGCUUUGGGGUCUGGUAUUGCAGCAUUUGCUCAGGUGACCUGCUGGACUGUCACCGGGGAAAGGCAGGCCUCUCGAGUUAGGAAUUUAUACCUGAGAGCCAUAUUGGGGCAAGAUAUUGGAUAUUUUGACAAUGAAACUGGCACUGGAGAAAUUAUUGAGAGGCUGGCUAGUGAUACAGUUAUCAUUCAAGAUGCCAUGGGUGAGAAGGUAGGAAAAUUUUUACAGCUCUCUUCUUCAUUCUUUGGAGGGUUUGUAAUAGCUUUUAUCAAGGGGUGGCUUCUCACUCUGGUCUUGCUGUCUUCAAUUCCUCUUCUCGUUAUCUCUGCUGCUUUCAUGACUGUUGUUAUGGCAAAGCUAAGAUCCCGCGGACAAGCCGCCUAUUCAGUUGCAGCUGGUGUGGUUGAACAGACAAUUGGCUCAAUCAGAACUGUUGCAUCAUUCACAGGGGAGAGUCAAGCUAUUGCUAAAUAUGAUAAAUCUCUAAAUAAAGCUUAUCAAGCUGGUGUAUUGGAGGGAUUUGCUGCUGGAUUAGGUUCUGGUAUAUUUAUGCUAGUGUUGUUUUGUAGUUAUGCUUUAGCAAUUUGGUUUGGCGCAAAAAUGAUUAUAGAGAAGGGGUACACCGGAGGAGAUGUCUUGAAUAUUAUAAUGUCUAUAUUGACGGGAUCCUUUUCUUUAGGGCAGGUAUCUCCGUGCUUGAGUGCAUUUGCUGCUGGUCAGGUUGCUGCUUUUAAAAUGUUUCAGACAAUACAUAGAAAACCAGAUAUAGAUCCUUAUAGCACAAAUGGAAGGGAAUUGGAUGAUAUUACUGCUGAUAUAGAAUUAAGGAAUGUCCAUUUUAGUUAUCCAGCUAGACCAGAUGAGCAAAUAUUUGAUGGAUUUUCACUCAUUAUACCUAGUGGAACAACAUUAGCUUUGGUCGGACAAAGUGGAAGUGGAAAAUCUACAGUAAUAAGCCUUAUCGAGAGGUUUUAUGACCCACAAUCAGGUGCAGUUUUGAUUGAUGGUAUCAAUAUCAAAGAAUUUCAGCUUAGGUGGAUCAGAGGAAAGAUUGGCCUCGUCAACCAGGAACCUAUUUUGUUUACUUCAAGCAUCAAAGACAAUAUUGCCUAUGGAAAGGAUGGUGCAUCCAUAGAAGAAAUCAAAGCCGCUGCUGAAUAUGCCAAUGCGGCUAAAUUCAUAGAUAAGCUACCGCAGGGACUAGAUACAAUGGUAGGCGUAAAUGGAACUCAGCUAUCUGGUGGGCAAAAGCAGAGAAUAGCUAUAGCUAGAGCAAUACUAAAAGACCCUAGUAUUUUACUUUUAGACGAAGCUACAAGUGCUCUUGAUGCAGAAUCUGAAAGGACUGUGCAGGAGGCACUGGACAGGGUCAUGAUCAACCGAACUACCCUUAUUGUUGCACAUCGCUUGAGUACAGUGAAGAAUGCAGACACCAUUGCUGUUAUUCAUCAAGGAAAGAUCAUAGAAAAAGGUUCACAUUCUGAACUAGUACAAGAUCCUGAAGGAGCAUACAGCCAGCUUAUACAGUUGCAAGAGCUGAACAAAGAGUCGGUACAAAAUGCUGGAGAUGAUAAAGACAGAGCUGAGAUUAAUGUGGAUUCUGGAAGGCAGUUGAGUCAGCGUAUUUCCUCACGGUCCAUAAGUCGGGGAUCAUCGAGAACUGGAGAGAGUAGCCGUCACUCAUUCUCCGUUUCAAUGAGUGUGCCCACCACUGUCAAUGUGCUGGAGGCAGCAGAUGGAGAACCACAUACUCCUGCUUCGUCAAAAUCAAAGGUGCUGUAUAAAGUCUUAUUUUACCGCCUGGCCUACCUGAAUAAACCAGAGAUUCCAGAAUUGCUAUUUGGUUCUUUAGCUGCGGUGGUCAAUGGUGCAAUAUUACCGCUUUUCGGGCUCCUGUUUUCCAGCGUAAUCAAAACUUUCUAUCAGCCACCACAUGAGCUUCACAAGGAUUCCAAGUUUUGGGCAUUGAUGUUUAUUGUUCUUGGUGUAGCAUCUCUUUUGGCAACCCCAUUAAGGACAUACUUCUUUUCUGUGGCAGGGUGUAAGUUAAUUAAACGAAUCCGAUUGAUGUGCUUUGAAAAGGUGGUUCACAUGGAAAUAAGCUGGUUUGACAAAAUUGAGAACUCAAGUGGUGCAAUUUGCUCUCGACUUGCUCUCGAUGUGACUUCAGUGAGAAAUCUAGUUGGAGAAUCACUUGCAUUGCUUGUUCAAAAUAUUGCAACAGCUAUUGCUGGUUUGAUCAUUGGUUUUGGGGCAAGCUGGCAAUUAUCCCUUAUAAUCAUGAUCAUGGUGCCUCUUAUUGGACUAAAUGGAUAUCUUCAGAUGAAGUUUAUAGGUGGAUUUAGUGGCGACACAAAGAUACUUUAUGAAGAUGCAACUCAAGUUGCCAGUGAUGCAGUUGGAAGUAUUAGAACUGUUGCUUCUUUUUGUGCUGAAGAGAAGGUAAUGGAACUGUACAAAAAGAAGUGCGAAGUUCCAGUGAAAUCAGGAAUUAAACAUGGUUUACUCAGUGGAGCAGGUUAUGGAAUGUCCUUGUUCUUUCUAUAUUCAGUAUAUGCAACUAGUUUCUAUGCUGGUGCUCAACUUGUUGAGGCUGGAAAGAUAACCUUUGGUGAGGUUUUUCAAGUUUUCUAUGGUCUAAGUAUGAUGGCUGUUGCAAUAUCUCAAUCGGGUGCCCUUGCACCAGAUUCUGGUAAAGCCAAGAGUGGUGCUGCUUCUAUAUUUGCACUUCUUGACCAGCAAUCAAAAAUAGACACUACUGAUAAUUCAGGAACUAUCUUAGGGAAUGUCAAGGGAGAUAUCGAGUUUCAGCAUGUCAGUUUUAAGUAUCCAAGUAGACCUGAUGUCCAAAUUUUUAAAGAUUUGUGCCUGACAAUUCAAUCAGGCCAGACUGUUGCACUUGUUGGAGAAAGUGGGAGUGGAAAGUCGACAGUCGUUUCCUUAUUGCAAAGAUUUUAUGAUCCAAAUUCAGGCGUGAUUACACUAGACGGUGUUGAAAUUCACAAGCUAAAGCUGCUAUGGUUAAGGCAGCAGAUGGGUCUUGUAAGCCAGGAACCCACGUUAUUUAAUGACACAAUCAGGGCCAACAUUGCAUAUGGCAAGGAAGGGAAUGCCACAGAGGCAGAAAUUAUAGCUGCUGCAGAGUUAGCAAAUGCUCACAAGUUCAUCAGUGGUUUACAGCAGGGGUACGACACAAUGGUGGGUGAACGGGGUAUCCAGCUAUCUGGUGGGCAGAAGCAGCGAGUUGCAAUUGCUCGCGCUAUAGUGAAGGCACCAAAGAUAUUGCUACUUGAUGAAGCGACCAGCGCUCUUGAUGCUGAAUCCGAGAAAGUCGUUCAAGAUGCUUUAGAUCAAGUUAUGGUGGACAGAACCACCAUAGUGGUGGCUCAUAGGCUAUCUACAAUUAAGAAUGCAGAUUUGAUUGCAGUUGUGAAGAAUGGAGUUAUUGCAGAAAAAGGAAAACACGAAACUUUGAUAAAAAAUAAUGACGGUCUUUAUGCCUCUUUGGUGGCAUUGCAUGCAGGUAUUUCUGGUUCUUCUUGA